AUGAUCGGUCUGGUAUCACCAUAUGCUGGACUCCACAACCUCGAUCUCUCCCCGGAUUCUCUGUCAAUUGUGGAUGGAGCCCAGCAGAUCUGGGGUCAACUCACCCCGCAUGAUGAUAGCUCCUUUGACUCAGUCCCUAUGCACGAUAUGGCACCACAGCACGAAGAUCGCCCUACCGUGAUCAGGCCAUUUGACGAAGCUUCUCAAGCAAAAAGGUCCCGCAUGCCUUAUUGGCCAACGUCAUCUCUGACUCUUGCCUUGUCCGCAAUGCUAGUCCUUAUACCCACCGCUGAGGACACCUUUCCAAUGGCUGAAACGAGCCUUGCGCUUAGGCGGUCGUACGCGCAGCUAUUUGCCCAGGCGGCGCUGACUGCUGUGGAAACCGAGACCGACAAUUUGUCGCCUGCUUUGAGCACUAAUGUGCUUGAAACAGAAUCAUGCCGCGCACGAAAUGGUUUGCAUCCACAGGUUCCAACUCAGCUUCAUCCGGUUAUGGCUCUUGUAGUCCUUAGUAUUUAUGAGUAUUGCCAGCGUGGUAAUAUAUCUAGAAUGCGGGCUCGAGGUAACCAGGCUAUCACGACUGCUAUGGAUAUCUCCCUUCAUAGACUUGAUUCGACGACGACAGAUUAUUCUGAGGCACAGAGACGAGUUUGGUGGAUGGCACCAUGGCCCAUAAUGAUGAAAACACAAGAAGCUCUUUUCGAGUCUCACAAAAUCGUUCAGAACAUCGAACGUGUAGAUGAGACAACCAUUCUCUCCGAUUUCGGCACUCGAAUACGCAAGCUGGAUUCGAAUUUGGUAUCUUUGAUAGGCGAAGCAGACCGCCAUCUUUUAGCCAUCUUUGAUGAAGAGCCAGAGGCAUCCGUAGCUCAAAACAUGUGGAUGGUCAGCCGCAUGUUCAUCCACGCGUGA